GCCGCGCGCUCUCGACAGCACUUUGGUGUUUUGCACUUCGCCGUCCCGCCGGGUGAUCUCUAGCAUCCCGCAAGAUGACAAUUAACACCCUGGCUAAAGGAGGUCUGCAGCCGGAGCAAAUGUCAUGCUUUCGGAAGAUGGAGAAAGUGCUCGUGGCCAUGCAGGACCCUGACAUGGGCAUGAAGAUGAGAAAUCAGAGGCUCCUCAUCACUGUCAUCCCACACGCCAUGACAGGCCACGAUAUAAUUACCUGGCUGAUUCAGAAAUACCACAUCUGUGAGGAGGAGGCCCUGCAUCUUGGUGAGAUGCUGGUCAAAUACGGAUACAUCUACCCUCUCAAAGAGCCCCGCUGCCUGGUGUUACGACCCGACGAGUCGCCUUACCGCUUCCAGACUCCUUAUUUCUGGACAAGUACCCGCUGGCCCGCCUCAGAGCUGGACUAUGCGAUCUACUUGGCUAAAAAGAACAUCAGAAAACAAGGAGAACUGAUGGAAUAUGAAAAGGAGAGGUACAGUCUGUUGCACAAGCGGAUCAACCACACCUGGGACUUUGUGGUGAUGCAAGCCAGAGAGCAACUGAGGGCCUCCAAACAGAGGAGGAAGGCCGACCGAAUUGUCCUAGAAUGUCAGGAGCAGGCAUACUGGCUCAUCAACAGGCCGCCGCCCGGGGUGCAGAACAUGUUGGACUGGGGUCUGGAGCGACCAAACAACUCCAGCACACGAGUCCCUCUGAACAGCGACUACUACAAAAGCGAGAUUGAAACAUCCAGACGAGCCCUCGGAAGAAACCGAGUAAAGUCCUCUGUCUGCCUCGAAGGCUUUGUCAAGUACAGCGAGCAGUACCAGAACCACGAUCCCAUAAUGCAGGGCUGCCUUCCCAGUAACCCCUGGAUCUCUGAUGACAUUGCAUACUGGACGAUGAACUCAGAAAUGUAAGACGAGACGCGAUCGUACCGGUGGAGUUCACCGCUUUUACUGGAACUCAACGAGAAAGACGUAGCCAAGCUAGCUUUUGUUGAAGUUUGGCGACGGUUAAGCUAAUUGCAGAACAAAAGAAUCUAAAAUGAUUCGGUUCUUCAUGUCACCACAACCGUCUGGUUGGUCCUAUAAUUAAUAAGCUUUUCUGCACGUCUCCUGUGGGAUAGUCACACCCCUCCUCCUCCGUCUGACAGGGUUGGAAGGUUUCCAUGCAGUCACUCUAAUCUUUAGU